CCAGCUCCUAGAACGCCUUAUCAAGCGUUUCCAUUUCAUCCCACAAGCUAUUUGCAGCUCAUCACUGUGCUGCGACCAUAACCUUGUGAAGAAUAACAGGCUAGCUACCUAGCUCACCUUUUGAUCUCACAGCUCCUACUGUCGACCACUCAACGAUCUCGAUCAUGGCAUCAAUUGAGGUACAAACUGCACCGGCCGUCGAGGCACCGGCACCUGCCGUCGAGGUCUCAGCCGACGAGACCCCUGCCCAUGCUGUCGUCAAAACCGAGGAAGCAACAACCGAGGUAGAGCCUGCCGCUGACCCAGCUCCUGCCGCCGCCGAGCCGGUGAUCAAAGAAGAUCCCCCGGCUGAGGAGAAGGCCCCGGAGGCCAAGCCGGAAGUGACAGAACCACCGGCGGCCGAGCCAACAGAGACGAAGGAAGCCACGGAGGAGCCGGCGAUAGCUCCUAAGCCAGCUACGGCUGAGCCGACCGAGCAAGAAUCCAAGCCGGAUGAGGCGGAGGCGCCGGCGGCUCCCGCUGAGGAGCCAGCCGCUGAGUCUGCUCCGGCCGAGGAGACGGCGCCGGCAGCUGCUGCCGAGGAGGCGAAGCUGGCGGAGGAGACCGCGUAGAUGCUCGCGUGGUGGCGCAACAUUUGCAAUGCUAGCUUGUGGGGUUGUUUUUGCAGAUUGGCUUGCUGAGCCGUAGGCGUAUGUUUAUACUACUGGCAGUGGUAUUUGUACGAGGUCGUAUGAAUGUGUCAUCCGUACUGUACUAUGCGGCUUGUGUCGUGGCCUCGAGUAAUGUUAUUGCGUUUGUGUUAUGGGUGUGUAAUUACAUGAGUGUGAGUGGUAAGGUUCAUGUGUGGUUUGUUGCCAUAUAUACUGUGUUAUUUUAGUAAUGAGUUCGUAUUACUUGUGUAAA